GGGCAGAAGCGGACUUGCACCUUUUCUGAGAUUCUCUCUCUCUCUCCCUCCCACCGCUCCCGACUUCCCAGCGUAUCCUAAAGCUGAGCUGGUUUCUCGCCUGGCUUAUGGUUUUCAUGAAACCAGGGGGAAAUGCUUGGGCUAGCCCAGUUCUUGAUCUGCCUCGCGCGCGUGGAGGAGUAGUUUGUCCCCACUGCACGACUGUGUGUGCUCACGUUACGGGCCAAUUUAUGAUUGUGUCGCAUGAUCUGCAGAGUACUGGAUUCUCCAGCUAAGUCGACAUGCCUCUUCGUUGGAAGCUGACAGAGAAAUCAUGAAACCGGUUAUUUAUUGCGGUUCAUUUCUUUUCUCCUUAAUUUCUCGCAACCGAAAAGCCCUGCCGCCCUUUUCUGAAUAUGGAUGGGGUGUAUAUCAGUAGCACUAAACAGGCACAUUAAAAAAAUAAGCAUCGUUCGAAUGGAAACCAACCUGUAAAGUGUCUAGCUAGCCAAACCGUGGGAAACUACAGUUUACAAUAGGCUGUGCACGUUUAUUGCAAUGCAAUUGGAUGCAAGGCACUAAUUAAUUCAGCACAAGAUUGCAAGCUACUAUAAUUGUAGCGAGACUGACUUCUGAGUAAAGGUAGAUAGAGUCGGAAUACAAGAUCUUCUGGAGAAAAAAAAAAAUCCAUCUCCCCGCUUAUUCUACCAUGGAGUGAUGCGACAGAAAGCAAACAAAGACAUCCACCAGUCUUUGCAAGCGGACUAAACUACAGCGCGAUUCCGGCAGGAGAUAAAAAUGUUAACGUGCAACCCUCUUUCGUCAUCUAAGUAGUCGCGAUCUCCUUUAAGAUGAUAUCACAUUGUGACCAAGGACUUCUUUGCAACGAUAUUAAAAAGACAAGAGCUUAGGAGCUUUUUGGACCGAGCCCGCGAUUUCUCUCACAGGGGGCGCUGUGUGAGACAGAGGCCCUCCUCUCUGCUAAAACGUUUCCGGGAUUCAAUUUUCUUGGUUUUCUCCGGCCCACGUGGGAGCCUGCUUUGCACACUUUUGAACCUCGCAGCGGGUUGCUUCCUCUCGGCUUGGUUCUCUUUUGGAGUUGGUGGAUGGAUGCUAUUCUGUUCUUGGAGAUUAGGGAGAAGAUGAAGAGCGGAUUGCUGAUUAUUCGUGAAUUAAAUCCAGAAAGUUGGCCUAUGGAUAUUACUCUGAUGCCUUCUUUAAUAGAGCUAAAAAGUGAUAAAGCUUGCAGAGCUUUCGGGCUUCCACCAGAGGUCAGGAUUGUGCCUUCUUCCUGUCGAGGACUGCAAUAUCUGCCUGGGGAAGGCUUACAUAUGAGGCUGCAAGUUCAAGCAGAUUUCAGUACAAAAUUGACACCAGCUGUUGGAAAUGGCCUAAAAUCCAAAAAGAGUUGUACUUUUUUCUGCCAAUGUUGCGGGGAGAGUGUAAUUAAUAAUAGGACAUUUCUCCGGGUUCUUUCACUUCCUUUCGAGAACUGGAGUGAUUUGGUUGAUGAAUGGUGUUGCCAUCCUAAUCCUUUCAACAGUAGCCUGCUUCAUCCCCAAAACGAUGACUGUUUUCUUGGGCACAAUUACUUCCUGAUUAAUUCAGGAACUGAGUUACCAGGAACAGAAUCCAGAAGGCUUCAUUCAGAGGAUGAGCGGACUACAAGUAGUGAGUCUCUCUCGAAUUCACAGGCAAAUAGUAUAAUAAUUUGCAAGCGCUGCAAGACGUUGUUGGGAGAAGCUAUGCCCUCAGGUGUCAUAAAAUACUAUUUCACAGAAUUGCUUGUUCAGCCGUCUGAAGAAAGCUUUUACAUAAUACCAAGGUCUUCCUUUAUACAGACUGUUAUAGCCCGGUGCUUCAUGGAACUCACAUCUUCUAGAAGCACAUUUAGGUUCAGCAUCCAAGGGAUGGAUCAUACAAUCUAUAUCUUGAUCUGGGUGUUGAAUUGUGACACACUGAUGGUCGAAACAUCAGGAAACCCAGCUUCCAAUAACGUUUUUGCAUUAUUUGAACCUGAGCUGUCACCACCUUCGAAGCCCGCUGAGAUUCAUAAGGCUGUUAAAGUUCUUUACCAUCCUUGUACUGAGAACAGAAAUAAGGAUCUUGUUGAUGCAUGGCGAGAAGAUAUUGGAGUCUCUUCUCUUACAUUUCCGUCAAAAACCUGUUUGGAACUUCUAUUGAUACUGUCUCAGAGUAAUGCUUCGUUGCCUCCUUCUCUUCGCUGGAUGAAUUCUUUCCAGGUUGCAUUUCUGAAAAUGUAGCAGGAAUAUAAGGCCUCAAGUGAAGAUUAUCUUUCUCAAAGUGGUACCAACGAUCCUGAAUCAAAAACUGGACAUUUCAGCCUUUUGUUGACUUUGGAGUCUUCUGAUGUUCAGAAAACUUGACAGAGGCAAGUUGUUCAAGCAUAGUUCAGAAGUGAAUUAAUUUGAAAUGUCUGAGAUCAUUGUAAUUAACAUCCUACUAAUCCCCCAAGGAGAAGUCCAUUAUCUUCUGAAACAACAUCAGCUUUACAAAGAAGGCUUGAUAGCAGCUCCUUUGCCUUUUUUGAGGAAUUAAAAACUAGCUGCCAGGACUAGGCAUUGGCUAUUUCAGUGUCCAAAUGGAAAAGUAAACUGCAACCCUUUGUGGUAAGCUAAUUUUUAGGUAUAAUUAUUUCAAGAGGUCCUGCAAAUCAAAUGGGUUAAAAUGGGAGUUCUCAGAGUGUGGGUUGGGGUUCUCUCAGUACCACCACCUCCCUCCAUUGGAGAGCCUCAAGCAACCUGGCGUGUCACAAUUUUGUAAAAAAAAAAAA